UUUCUUUAAACUCUAAGCUCCCUCUCUCUAUCUCCUCCUUAAAAAGCACCCACGCAGACAGCUGCAUUCACUUUUCUCCAUUUUCACUUCUUCUCCUUCCUUUUUAGCACUCAAAGGCUAAACAAACAAAGCCUAGGCCUAGAACUUCUGUUCCUUCGUCCUCUUCUAGAGCUGAGAUAAUAAAGAAACUGAGUUAUAGAAACUUUGCAGGUUUCUUGUAACCACAAUGGUCGACGUCGACCGGAGGAUGACGGGUCUAAACCCGGCUCAUGUAGCUGGUUUGCGCCGUCUUUCUGCUCGAGCUGCCGCUCCAUCAACGGCUACAUCUCUUCCUGUACGUAACGGUCUAGUCUCCUUCUCCUCUCUGGCUGAUAAAGUUGUAACCCAUUUGCGAAACUCGGGUAUCCAAGUUCAACCGGGUUUAUCUGACGCUGAGUUUGCACGGGCUGAAGCUGAGUUUGGUUUCGCUUUUCCUCCCGAUCUUCGCGCCGUACUCUCCGCUGGUUUGCCUGUUGGUCCUGGUUUCCCUGAUUGGCGAUCCGCCGGUGCACGGCUCCAUCUUCGGGCAUCGCUUGAUCUUCCAAUCGCUGCUAUUUCCUUUCAAAUUGCACGCAACACUCUUUGGUCCAAGUCGUGGGGCCCGAGGCCAUCCGACCCCGAAAAAGCAUUAAGAGUGGCGAGAAAUGCACUAAAGAGAGCUCCGCUUUUGAUUCCCAUUUUCAACCAUUGUUACAUUCCUUGUCACCCUUCUUUGGCCGGUAAUCCCAUCUUUUUCGUUGAUGAGAAUCGGAUCUUUUGUUGCGGUUUGGAUCUAUCUGAUUUUUUCGACCGUGAGUCUCUCUUCCGAAGCUCCGAAUCGGACCCUAUACUUCUAAAGAGGCAAAGAUCCGUCAGCGAGAAAUCGGCUGGUUCUUCCACUAAUUAUUCGCGGAGAAGCUUGGAUACGGGUAUAGCAAGCGGGGCAAGAACUCCGAGAUGGGUAGAGUUCUGGACCGACGCAGCCGUCGACCGACGGAGGCGAAAUUCGGCGUCUUCCUCGUCGGAAUCAUCCUCCCCAGAGAGGUUCUUCGAUAUGCCGAGAUCGGAGAUGCCUAAAUGGGCAGAAAACUACAUAGACCAAAUCGGGUCGGUUUUAAGGGAAGGCGGGUGGAGUGAGACGGAUAUAGCCGAUAUAGUCCACGUGUCAGCAUCCGGCUUCUUUGAAGGCGAGAUGGUUUUGGUGGACAAUCAAGCAGUCCUGGAUGCUCUGCUUCUAAAAGCGGAUCGGUUUUCGGAUUCACUUCGAAAAGCCGGGUGGAGCUCCGAGGAAGUUUCGGAUGCAUUAGGAUUUGAUUUUCGACCUGAGAAAGAAAGGAAACCGGCUAAGAAACUGUCACCUGGGCUAGUUGAGAAAAUCGGGAAAUUGGCAGAGUCGGUUUCCCGGUCAUAAAGGCAGCAUCGAGAUAUUUUUUUUAAUUUCUUUUUUUAAAGCCUCGGUUGGGUUUUCCCUUUUUUUGAAUAGUAAAAAUUGAAAAUAUAUGGGGAGACGUGUUGUACGAUGAAACAAAGCGUAUAAAAGAUUUAAAAAAAAAAGGAAAGAGAGUUCAAAUUACAUUAUUGUUCAUAUUUA